AUGGGUCAUCGAGUCAUCUUUGGUGGCUGUCACUUAGCGGAGCAGAAAAAUGGCGACUUUGCGGCUCUCCAAUAGUUGUCACUUGAUAGAAAGGAGUUGGAUGGAGGUGGGGCAUGUGUUAGGGAGCUUCAUCCUCAGGUCCGCGCAGAAAGAGGAGGCUCUUCAUCGCAUCUGGUACACUCUCAGGAGGUGGCGACUCGUCUCUUGGUGGAUCGUCCUCUUCCUAACGACGGCUUGUUCGUCAAUCAAUUGGAGAUGAUUUACUUGAUAGAUUCACGAUCUUUUUAUUGCGAAUCGUUCAGUAAUUUUAGUAGCAAUGUUUCGCGUAUCGUGUUGAUGAGAUUUUCGCCGAUGAUCUAGCAAUUCUCAUUGCUUAAUCCUUCACUGGUGAUCUGCAAGAAAGUCACAAUAAUCAAAUAAAAAUAUAUGACUUUUGACUCUAGGAGGAUUUGAACCCACACCAGUUGCUCCCCCUACCUCUUUUGAGGAAGGUGACGGGUUUAGUCCCACAUCGGUUGUGCGCCAAAUUUUUAAGCGAAUAUAUAGUAAUGUUACAUUUCUAAGCAAAGUCCCUUCUUCGCACAUGUACGACCACUCCUUGUCGCACAGCUGGCUGGCCACUAGUGACAUGGAAGGGGAGUGGCACACACGUGUCCCCAUUUGUUCAAGUCGCUUGAGCCUCUGCUCGCGGCUACUCCCCGACUACGCUUCUAACCCACUUGUAGGCCCGGCUGACCGGCAAGUCCCCCCAUUUUGCAAUAUUUUUAUUUUUAUUUUUUAUUUUUCAUUUAUCUCAAAAGUAAGACUAUAAAAAUCAUAUAAAAUCACAUAAUUACCCAAAAAUUAACGUUAAUCAAUUAAAAACCACUUUUCAUACUUUAAUAUAAAUAUAAGUCUAUUUAUCAUGAGUUAA